CUCUUUGCUCAUCACUCUUGAGGUUACCGUCCGCUUGUCGCGUGGAAUUUCUGGGAGGAAAAUAUCUAUCAUAUCAAUCGAUCGACAUGACCCUCUAGCAGCACGGCUCCAGUCUCCGCAUUUACCAGUGGCUGCCGAUCGCGAGAAGAGAAGCUUUUGUUUUACUCGCCGCGAUGGAUUCUUCGAGCAAGCCGAUGAAUGGGAGUGCCGGCGGCAGUCCAGUGGGCGACGAGAGGAAAAUGGGCGAUCAUGAGCACGAGUUCCGGAUUAGCAUCAUCCUGCUGAGGAGCUUCUUGCUGGUUCUGGUGAUCAUCUCGGAGGCUCUCAUGGUCACCGAUCGAGAGACCGGCUCAGUCCCUCUUCCGUUCUUCGGCCUCCCAAGGCCCGUCUUCGUCACUAAAACCGCGAAGUAUGAGCUCGUCACUGGUCUCAAGUUCUAUGUGGAUGCGCUGGGAGUAGUGAUCGGCUACACGGUGCUCCAUCUUCUUUUCAACAUCGGCCUCGUCGCGACCAAGGGAACAGUGGUGGAUUGCAAAAGCGUUGCCUGGAUCUCUUUCAUCGCAGACUCGAUGAUGGGUUAUCUCCUGCUCAGCAGCGCCGCAGUGGCAACCGAGAUUGGAUACCUGGCCGAGGAAGGAGCUCCGGCGGUGCUGUGGAGAAAAGUUUGCAACGCUUUCGGCUACUUCUGCACGGUUUACGCGAUCUCGGUUGUAAUUUGCUUCAUCGCUGCUCUCGUUUCUUUCGUGGUGGUGGGCAUUUCGGCGUAUCAUCUCUUCCGGCUCUAUGGGAUCCAGCAGCAAGCGGCGCGCGAGAAAGAAAAGUUAUCCGCCGAGAUGUAAAUAGUUGAAUUGGGAAAGUGUUUUAGGGUU